UUCAUGGGCGGGGCACUGCAUUGCACCCUUGAGCAGCGUACUUACUCAACUGCUUCAGUAUUUAUCCAGAAAUAUAAAUAGGUACAACGUAAAAAAGCCAAAAUUGAGUAACUUUCUUUGGAUAAGGAUGUCUGCUAAAUGCUCUCAAACAAAAAAUAUAUAAAAUGAUUUGAAACUUCAUUCCAAAAAUCAAAAUCUAAUGAUUUUUCCACCUUUCCAUUAAUUGUACAACAGAAAAAACCAGUACAAACCAUUUUUUUUUAGCAUUAUGGGUCUAGCUAUGGUAAUAAGUUGUGUUUCUUCAUAAAUUCCAAGGUAAUUUUGAUCAUUAGUGAGGGAAGAAAUAUGACAAUACUUGGGUUCAUUAGCAAUAGAGAAGCUUGCUACAUUGCCUUUUAAAAAACAAAUAUUUUUCUUCCAGAUCCUCUUAAGAACACCUCAGUGUCUGUCAGUCUCUCUGACUCAGUGUUUGCAGGCAGCUCUGUGACUCUGACCUGCAGCAAUAAUGUCAACCCACCAGUGCAGAACUACACCUGGUAUAAAGUGAGUGGGACAGACAUGAGCAAUGUAGGAACUGGACAGAACCUCACCUUCAAUGUGACUGAGUCCAGUGGCAGUGAACAGUACUACUGUGAAGCACAGAAUGAACAUGGCAAGGAGAACUCAACAACUGUACAGCUCAAUGUAAUAUACAUGCCUCAGAUCUCUGGCUCUGGGAGCUGCAGCAGAACUGCAGCAGAGAUCAGCUGCUCCUGUGAGAGCCGUGGGAAUCCCUCUCCCAGCAUGGAGUGGCGUGUGUCUGGACUGCGGGUCACUAACUCUACUGAGAGAGUCAUCAGAGAGGAGCAGCUGGGGAACACAGGCCUGAGGAGUUCCCUCACCAUGCGCCAAUCACAGGGAGACACGCCCACUCUCCUCUGCGUCAGCACCAACACUCUCGGCUCCACCAGCCUCCAGCUCCACGUCCCGUCUCCACAGCAACACUCAGGUUUUCUCAUUACCUCAUUGCUGAUUGGUGCAGCUGCCAGUGCUGGUGCCAUGAUGAUGAUAUGCCUCAUAAUGCAGCUCAUUCUAAAGUUGUCUAGAAGACUGAAGGGAGGGAGGGACGGGGACACAUAUGCCAGUCUGCAGCUCCCCAACAUCAGCCCUGACUAUGACGUGCUGCAGGUAAAAAACAAGCAUCAGAAACACACAGGGAGUACACAAGAUGAGAACGAUGAUUACCAGAACCCUGAAGAUGGAAACAGACCAGAUUCAGGGGCUAAUUCAAAAUAGCAAGGCUGAAGAUCAGAGAGGGCUCCCGUUCACACAUGGAUGACGGCGUGAACUUCGGUCUAAACCCACAUGAGAAUAAUAUUCAGUUUUAAAGGGGCAGUUCACCCGAAAAUGAAAGAAAGCUGCGUUUCAUCUUACCAGGACUGCUAUCGAUCCAUCCAGA